CUUGUUCCCGCCGCCCGAGGUCCUUCUUUGUCCCGCCUUGCUUCCUCGCCCACCCCUUCUACCACGAUAGCAAAGGGCCCAGAAUAAGCAGACAUCAUGACUCCGCACGCCACUUGAACUCCGCCUGCCGUAUUGCCGUGUUUCUAGAUCCUCCAUUUAGCCUAGGCAUCCGAAAAAGCUCAGUCGCUAUUGUCGGGCGCGCCUGGAGCCCCGCCACGAAGGAUAGCGACUUGCUCUUCCAUCGUUACGGGUGGCUGUGCCGUCGUCUGAGGUGCGUCGCCCCGUGGGCAGGAGAUGAUUGAUGGUGCCAAGCUCGGUCUCGCAGAGUCUGUGGCUGACUCGUUGGCCAACAACUUCGGGUGUCGAGAAGAGAUCUGAGAUGCUCAACCUGGGGUGCAUGCAUGCUUUGAGCCCGCCCUGGUGUUGGCGAAUGAGCCGUGGCACUGAGGAGCCGCUGCCUGUCCCUACUUCAUCGAGUCACAGCAGAGAAGAAGCGAGCGGCCUUGACGCCAUGCUAUCUGCGAGACCGACAGAGAAGCAACAUGCUGAGUGCGGUGACCUUCUCCGGCUUCCCCGUCGACGUCGUCGACGCGACAAGGAGCGGGACUUGUACAUUCAGAACGCGGAAGGAACUUCCCCUUCACACCCUGCUGGCAUGGAGGGACGAGAUACUUGCAGCCGCAAUGCUUGCUCAUCAUCACAAGAUCUCGUCAUGCCGUCACGCCACGCCACGCCACGCCACAUCGACUGCUCGGAGCCGCGCAACGACAGCGAGCGCUACCUGUCGCCGCCGGUAGUCCGCGAGCUUGGCGAUGGCGAGCAGCGCUGCAAUGGUGCCGCCUGAGCCGCUUUGUAAGGGCUCAGCCUGGCCAAAAGUGAAGUGGCUAUGCAUUCGACGGCCAAGAUUCGGUAUGCCCGGCUAGGGUCAUCACAAUCGUUGUGCCUGAGCGUGGGGAAGGGAAGGUAAAUGGCGAGGCAGGGGGCUUGACGCGUGAAGCCUCGUGCAUCCGAGGCGUUGCGCAGUCUGGCAGUCACAUCCUACGCGUCUUCGCA